UCUCUAUAUUAAUAAGAAGUUCUGUUUUGAAAAUGUUGGAGGGUUUCCAGAUCUUGGUUCAGGAUACAACACACAGAAGAAUUCACAAGAUAAAAUGUGUAUAGACUAAAUACCCAAUAGUAUUUGAGGGAAAAAUAAUGUCUUGCUGCUGUUUUGAUAGCUAUGGAGUGGGAAAAGAUGUCAUUACACUUAAGCCAAGUGAUUUGAUUUUUAUUUUUUCCGGAGGAGUCUUUACUUCAACGUAUUUCUUCCAAUGCAUAUUGCAUUUACAGAAAGAUUAAAAGACACAGUGUGAAAUACUAUCAUGCUAAUGAUAGCAACAUUUACAUAAAUGUUAAAUUCACAUUCCAAAGUAGUUGAUAUUUUAAGAAGAGAAAAUUCCAUUAUUGCACCUUUUAGGAACAAGGAACUGGAAAAUGGCAUUUUUCAAAAGUUUUCAGCAGAAUCUACCUUCAGUAUCCUCCCUGGUAGACACAAUCAGUAGUGCUGUAGAAGAUUUGAGCACUGCAGUUGGGGAAGUCAGCUAUGCAUUAACUGACUCAGUUGCUGGGCAGGUAGCAAGUAUGAUGCAUGGCUUGUGCCCAGAGGAGGAAAGCUGCACAGUGGAAGAGGCUGCAGGGUCUUCUAGAGCCAAAAGUGCAGUUUUGUGGGAUACUUCCAAAAACAAUGCUUGUCAGAAAACACAGUCUGAUAUAGAGCACAAAGCAAAGCAAAUAACCUGUUGUGACACUUCAGCUCCACCAAAGCAAGACCAAGAAACGCAUGAACAGGGAUAUUAUAUGCGUGAUGGGCAGUGGACAGCCUCAGAAACUGGAGAGGCUGGUAACUCUGCUUUGCAAGGCUUCGUGAAUGAUGGGAUGUCAGCUGUCAAGCAGAAAGUGGGGGAUGCACCCACGGGUCAUGAACUGGAACAUCCUGACAAAGGUGAGAUAGCUGGAGUAGGAAGCUCCAGGAAUGACCAGAAUGCUUUAAAGGAGGUAAGUUAUCUAGAAGUGAAAGGACGUCUGAACCCCAGUGGACAAAGUGUUGUGUCUGAGCAGAAGUACGUGGCUACAGGUGACUCUAAAGGCAGACUGCAGCAUGUGCCUGUGGGAAGAGAGCAAGAGAAAUCAGGGAACGUCACUAAAAGUAAACAUCUUCCUAAUGUCGGGCAUUCUGAUCACUUACAAAAAGCGAAAAAACAUAGUAAACGUGAUGGAGUCAGAGGGAAUGAAUGUUCAGGAAACGAAUGUUCUCCAGAAGAUAACACAAGAAACCAUAGACACAGGGCGCAAAAAUCCGUUGUGAAGGAAUACACACGUUCAGCUCCAUCAACAAAUUGUAAAAUUAAGUUUCCUGGGAAAAUCAAAGAAAAAAUAAAUCCAACAAAAUCCUACAAAGUUAAAGGAGACAUAAAAACAAAGAAAAAUGAAGCUAAUUCUGCUAAGAGAGGAACAGCCAAGAGUAAAGUUGGCAAAUAUUCUAAGAUAUUACCAGAAAAAGAUAAUUCCUACAUGGACAGAGAUGAGCCUGGUUCAUCCUCUGAAAGUGAAGAUGAAGCGCUGGGUAAAUAUCAUGAGGCCUUAUCCAGAACACACACUUCCAGGUGGCCAUUGGUGGAUUCUAGACAAAAGAACUAUGCCUGGGAAACAAGGCAAAAAUACAGCCCUUUGUCUGCAGAGUAUGAUGGGUACAGCAGUGAAGCAUCCAUAGAGGACGGAAACUGCAUUCAGAGAAUGAGAAGGACACCUCCAUUGGAUGAGCUGCAGCCACCACCUUACCAAGACGACAGUGGUUCUCCUCACCUCUCAUGCACACCCUCUGAAAUCGGGGAUGGGAAGUGUGAAAUUUCCCACUGCAGCAAUAGCCCACGGUGUUCUUUCAACAAGUGCCCCAGUGAAGGAAGCACAGGACACGAGGCAGAGAGUUUUCACAAUAAAGGAUAUGAAGAUGAUGUCCCUAGUGACAGCACCGCAGUCCUCAGCCCUGAAGACAUGUCAGCUCAAGGAUCUUCCUCACAGCUUCCUAAACCUUUUGAUCCAGAGCCAGAAGCUAAAUAUGGCACACUGGAUGUGACUUUUGACUAUGACUCACAAAGACAGAAGCUUCUGGUAACGGUGACAGCUGUCACAGACAUUCCAACAUAUAACAGGACAGGUGGCAACUCGUGGCAGGUACAUCUUGUUCUUCUACCUAUAAAGAAACAGAGAGCCAAAACCAGCAUCCAGAGAGGACCAUGCCCUGUCUUCACAGAAACAUUCAAAUUUAACCACGUUGAAUCGGAGAUGAUCGGAAACUAUGCAGUUAGGUUUAGACUGUAUGGUGUCCAUCGUAUGAAGAAAGAAAAGAUUGUGGGGGAAAAGAUUUUUUAUUUAACAAAAUUGAAUCUUCAAGGGAAAAUGUCAUUACCGGUGAUACUGGAACCUUCUUACAAUCCUUCUGGCUGUGACUCACAGGUGAGCUUGUCAGAGGUCUCCUGUGGUGAAAGCACAUCCUCCUGUCAAUCUCUGGAGCAUGGCUCCGUUCCAGAGAUCCUUAUUGGGCUCCUUUACAACGCCACCACUGGAAGACUGUCCGCAGAAGUCAUCAAAGGCAGCCACUUCAAAAACCUGGCAGCAAACAGACCACCCAAUACAUAUGUUAAGUUAACACUGCUGAAUUCCAUGGGCCAAGAGAUGUCCAAAUGCAAGACAUCCACCCGCAGAGGGCAGCCAAACCCGGUGUACAAGGAAACUUUUGUUUUUCAAGUGGCCUUGUUUCAACUUUCCGAUGUGACUCUGAUACUGUCUGUGUAUAACAAGCGCAGCAUGAAAAGAAAGGAGAUGAUAGGCUGGAUUUCCUUAGGUCUGAACAGCUCUGGGGAGGAGGAGCUCCGACACUGGACUGCAAUGAAGGAGUCCAAGGGACAACAAGUGUGCAGGUGGCAUGCCCUGCUGGAGUCCUGAGGAAGGCAGCUGUAAACCAGCACUGCUGUUGUUUCCUGGUCGCCAUCAGAAGAGCCAUCCCUGGAGAGUCCUGUCAGCACCCUGCCACAGUGCUUCACCCUUGCAAAAGGAAGGACCGUCCAGUGCUGAGCUGAGGGGGGGAGGUGUCAGUAGUGCUCAGCAGUCCUCCAGAGACUGAACAACAGCUUUUGAUUCAAAGUUUAUUUAGUGAAAGAGCUAGGAAUCUCAUGGACAUUGUGAUUUUAAAACCAGAAAUUCCAUUGCAGCAGUAUGUAUCAUCACCCACAUGCUAUCCACAAAGCAUUAUGAUGGCCAGUCCUUGGGCAGAUCUCAGUGAUCACAGUCAUAUCUCAAGGUCAUUCACACUGAUGACAGUUUCAUUGCAGAUAUGUUCUCUGUGCCUCAGCCUUUCUUUAUAGUUCUAAACCCAAGUGCAAAAUUCCCUGAAGGGAAGUGUAAGGCUGGUUUCUUUGAAGUUUAUUUCUUUAUUUCCUUCUUUUUUCUGAUCCAAAGAGACCAUGUCCCGUUGGUCCCUUAUAAACUUUUCUGACUGUACUGCAGAAACUUUAUGUUCAAGCCCUUUGUACACUGUGUGUUCUAGUGUAGAAAAUGGUAGAGCAAAGCUCUCAUUUGGAAUUGCUUUCAGUGGUCAGUCUUUACAGCUGUGUGAAGUGGCAGACACUGUAGAUAGCUGUUGAAAAUGGAAGACAUUCUAGUUAAAAGGAAUUUUGACUAUCUGUUCCAAGUGUCCAGUCUUCAACAGGAGUAAAGCAGAUAGCACCAAAACAGAAGCUCCUGGAGUCCUCACUCACUACCAUUUCUUUGUGGUUCUCAGCUUUAAUCCAGUUAAGAUCAUUCUGGAAUCCCUUGUGCUCUAGUGAUUUGUGUUGUGUUUUGUGACAUCUUCAGCGUGAUGUCACUCUGUGCCUUUUCAUGCAAGUUGACCUUGCUUACACAGCUGGGAAGCCGUAUUUGCAAAUUUGGACUUCAGCACUCAUAGAUGUGAAGGUCCUUGGCAAUGCCAUGUUGUUACCCCACUCUGCAGCGUGUGAGGCUGUGCACUGUGCUGGCCUACAUGUGACUGAGCAGUUUCCUGUCUUGUUUUCAUAUUUAGAAACCAUACGCCAAUUGGAUAUAAUAUAAGCUAUUUUCUUCUAAUUUUUCUUCUUACCUAACAUAAAAUUCUAUGCAUAUACUGUACUAGAGUAUGUUUGUGUACAUAAAAUUAUUUUCUUUUUGCUCUUUCUCAUUUCUAGUUAAACUAGACAAAAAUGUAUUAUUUACCAAUUAGUGAAAAGCUGUAUCAUGGUUCCAAUCCCAGCUGAGCACUCUGGACUGUUACUGUGAACUAGAACUCAUCAGUACCAUACUAGCAGAGCCACACACUGAUUUAUUAAAAUGUGGCAGUAUGAAAGGCCUUAAACACACACACA